AUGAUGCAGCUGGGAGUCCUGGCAGCACCAACAGAGUCGGGGUGGUUUCGAUUGGAGCCAGUCACUGGUCCUGAUGUCCAUGCGCAGCUGCGACUUUUGUUGCACUUGCGCCGCGAUGCUGCAGGAGACAAGGCAAUACCCCCGCAAUGCUUUCAACAGCUUUGCCAAGAACUGCUCCCAAAGCCCUCCGAGGACCUGCAAUCCGGGAAGAACCAUCUUCCCACGCCUCUCGAUGGGCCUGCUCUGGACGGCUUUCCCGCCGGGGGUCCAGCAGGCCAAUGCCAUCGUCCAGCUUGUGAUUACGAAGAUCAAGCAUUUGAUGUAAUGGUUUGCGGUCCAUCCUCUUGUGCUGUAAGGUGA